AUGUGGCUGAGCCUCACCCCAUCCUGGAGCGGGGAUCUCCACCUCAAGUCGGCUGAUGGCAGGGCCACCCAUGUCCCCCAGGGGCCUCCACCCAGCCCCCAGGGGAAACCACUGAAGGAGAUCUCAGGGAUCUCCCCCCGUGGACUGGAGCUCUCGACCUCAGCUGACGGCUUCCACUCCUGCCCCGGCUGGGGAAGCUUCGCCUGGCGGGCAGUGGGGUCUCAGGACCCAUCUCGGGUCAGCAAUGGCCGUGUUAAGCUCUUGGACUCGGUUUCCGUGGUGGCUGACGAGAGCGGCGGACACUGUGGUGAAAGGACAGAACCGGCAGCUCGGAACACAGGGGGGACGAGGUUGCCGGGCCUCAAGCAGCGUGACAGCCGAACAUCUGAGGGGAACCAGGGGAGGCUGGGGUCCGACGCUUCUCCCACCCUUCCACGCCCGGGGGAGGGUCUGAACCGCCACACGCUCCGAGGGAAGCCCCCACAGAAGCCCAGCCAAAGGCAGCGUUCCCCGCUCCCCGCCCCCAGACCGGCGGGCCGGGAACCCCGGGCGGCAGGUGCGCCCUUGCCGCCCGGGGCCGGGGGCCGGUCCAGAGGCUGGAGAGACCGGCCAGGUCUGCGGAGAAGCAUCUUCCGGCUGCUUGCACAGGGUUCAGUUGAUGAAGCAGGAGCGGGAGGGAAGCCCGGCGGGGACCGGGCAAGCUCUCGUCGAGCCGGGGCUUCUUCUGGCUCGUGCGCCUCGCCAGGCACGAGCAGGGUUAAGUGUGUGCGGGGGGCGGAGAGGGAAUCCCAGACCGCCGGAACUGGAGACUUCCCAGCCGAGGGCGAGGCUGCUUCGAGAGGCAGCGCCGGCCACCCUGCGGCUUCCGCCGGCACCUGGGCGCGCGGAGUCGGGAGGACACGUCGACAGCCGCCCGCAGGACACGCGGCAGACGCGCCACGGCCGCCGCCAGGGCCGACAAUAAGCUCUGAGCUGGGAACCUGGGACCUGUGCCGUGACAGGGUUGGCUGGCGGCCCAGAGAGAAGAGCCGUGUGGAGCCGAAGAGGCGGGUGGACCGCACGGCCCUGGAGCAGAGAUACCGGCCUGUGACCAGGGACCGCAAGGUGGUUAGUGUUGAGCGGUGUCCGAACUCCGGUCACGUCUGUGUCCGCGUCGGCGGGUGGUUGUCUGUGUCCACGUGGCAGGUGCUUGGUAUUGAGUUGGUGUGCGUUCUCGGGUCAGGUCUGUGUCCACAUUGGCAGGGGCUUAGAGCUGAGCCAGUGUCUGAGCGCCGGUCAGUGGGGCACAGAUCGUGGUUCUCGGUUCGUGCUGAGCUGAUGUCAGCGCUCGGUUUGGGGUGGUUGUGGAUGAAGAGACAUGAUCCAGGCGUUUGGGUGGCUCUCACAGUGGACCGGGGACAGGACGCUUGUCUUGUCUGAGGUGUUUGCUGGGGGGGGGGCUCAGAGGGCAGUGCUGGUGAGCCCUGGGUGAGCACCGCCCCCGCCUCUGCCCUUCACCCCGAGCUCCAGGAGGAAAAGCUGUGGUGAUACCCGGAGCCAGGCUGGGCACUGGUGCUCACCAGGGACUGUGCUGAGAAGCCCCGGGGCCAUCCCUGGGCCUGGCAGGGGAGCCUCCAUGACCGCCCGCGAGCCGUGCAGAGAGUGAGCGAGGACCUGACGCCGGACGUGUGAGGUCGCCUUGCCCACGGCAGUCAUCCCUGUGCCAGGCAAGCCCGCCUCGCACUCCCGGUGGGAUGGACGCCACUGUUCACUGUCUAUAAACCUGCCCUUGGAAAGUGGCUUCCUGGCUUGUUUCUGAUCAGAUCUAUGGGGCCAGGGGGGUCCUCCCUGCAAGCCUCAAACAGAGCUGUUCCCUGAACAGCCAGGACCGCAGCAUCGUGGCACGUAACUCAGAGGUAAGGGCAGGGCCUGUGCGAGUCCUUCAGGAAUGCGGCCAACGGGUUAUGUCACGAAAUCUGCCAGCCCGCUUUCCCGUUCCUGGUGAUUCAGGUCCUGGCAGCACGCACGGGUCAUUUCAGCUCUGAAGUUCACUGAGGCGUGCUGAGUGAGCGGCCGGGGGAGGGGGAGGGGCACAAGGGACCCUCCGGUGAGGGACACAGCCUCUAUCUUGACAGGGAGGGGUCACUCAGGGGGGCGCCUUCAUCAGGCUCCUCGAUGGGUACCCUUACAGUGUGUGUUUUGCACAGAGAGUAAAUUUUCCCUAGAAAAACACAAGCAAACAUUGAGGUCUAGUUAGGGCAGUGCCAGCUGAAGCGCUUGGCGAUGGUAUAUCAGGAUGUCUGCCAUUUUGCUGUGAAGUGCAUCAAGAAGUAAGA